GAGAGCUUCCUACCCGAGCCCUAUAAAUACCCAGAGAGAUCCAGGCAGAGUCAGACAGCGAGAGGAGGAGCGAGGCUGACUGAAGCCUGUGAACACACACAGCCACACAGAGGCAGGGUUUACACCGAUGUAUCGCAGAAUGUCUCCCACGCUGAUGAAUCUUUGUGUCGUGUUCCUGCUGCUGACUGGAGGCCAGGAAUCAGCGCCAGUGGAGGCUGAGAGUCUCCUCGAGGAGCUCUGUGACUACGUGAGGAUGCUCCACGACAAGACCCAGGGCCUGCUGGACACAUACCUGCUCUGCCAGGGCUCUCCUUUCAACGGGAGCGACUUUUCCACCGAGGGCCUGUGGCUCAACGGCCUGCCCAGGGCCUCCAUCCCUUACCGAGCCUGGAGGAACAUGACAGACGGGCAGCGCUUGCUGGAAAACCACCAGGCCUACUCCAUCUUCCAGGAGUACCUGCAGCUCCUCCUGGACGACCAGCGAGAGCUCAGCCCCAACCAGACCGCCCUCCUCCGCCUCCUAACUGAGCUCCAUGAUGACCUCACACCGCUGCUGCGGCGGCUGACUGCCGCCCUCUCUGUCUUCCACCAGGCGAGGCCCUCCCCAGUCGAAGAUCCCCUCCGGUCCCUGGACGUGCCAGUGCCCUUCCAGAGGAGGCUGCGGGGGUACCUGAUCCUUCGGGAGUACCGACUCUGGCUCACGCGCUCCCAGAGGUCCUUAGCUGUCAUGAUGAGCAAGACCCCUCGGGUCCAGUAAACGCCACAUCCCUCUCCUGGAUUCCUGCCCUCCCUAAUACACAUCCCAGUUCCCUCACAUCCCCUGAUCUUCAGGUGCUGGUUGCUCUCCGAUUCCCUUCUCCCUGCCCACUCCUCACAUCGUCAAUCAAGGAACGAACAUAGUGUAACAGAGACUAUCAAAGCUGCGAAAGGGGUACACAUGCCUGCUUUUAUUUAUUAUUUGUGCAUGGGAUGUGGGCGUAGCUGGCUAUCCCAUCCCUAACAGCCCCUUGUUCAGAGGGCAUUUAAGAGUCAACCACAUGGCUGUGGGUCUGGAGACAUGUGUAGGCCAGACCAGGUAAGGAUGGCCAAUUUCCUGGCCUGAAGGACAUCCAUGAACUAGAUGGGUUUUUAACAACAAUGAACCAGAUGGGGUUUUUUAACAAUGAACCAGAUGGGUUUUUUUUAACAAUGAACCAGAUGGGGUUUUUUUAACAAUGAACCAGAUGGAGUUUUUU